UCUUGUUCCAAACGUCAUUGAUAAGGUCGUCUCUGAUGAUCUCUACGAAGAGAUGGGUUUGAUUGAAGGUCCAGUUCUGGGCAGUGGCUCAUUCACUUUCGUGGUUCUAGCCACUUCGAAAGUUGACCCCUGCCACAAGAUGGCUGUCAAAACGUUCCCGCUGUUUGGACCUGCUUGCGAGGCUAAUAAGAAGAAAAUGGACGAGGAAGCUUCGAGAAUGUUCUUGAGAGAGGCUCAGUUAAUGAAACGACUCCAGCAUUCAAACAUAAUAUCCCUGACCUGCUGUGUUCAAACGCCGACAUCACUGGUGCUCAUGCUGCCCUACUGUAAGAAUGGUACGUUGAUGCAAAUUAUUAAGACUUUGACCAUUAGCCAGCAGACACAAUUCUUCAGACAACUCUGCGAUGCCAUCAAGUACAUUCACGGUAAGAACAUCGCCCACUGUGACAUCAAACCAUCAAACGUCCUGGUUACGGACGACAAAAGCAUCUUACUGUCAGACUUCGGUUUGUCCAGGGCGCUGCCGAAUCAGGACGCCGAACUUUUGAUUCAUUUUGGGACGCGUCUCUACAGAGCUCCAGAGACGUUCAAAGGCUGCAGAGUGAACCCGUUCAAGGCGGACAUGUUUGCUUUCGGCGUGACGUCAUGGUGCAUGCUUCUCAGAAGGAGGCCAGCAGACGUGAACUUCAUGAGGACAUUGAACGAAGCUGUUGCUUUUUCAUCUCAGUUUAGAAGGAUGGUGAGCUCCCUUUUGACCCCUGACCCCAGCAAGAGACCAUCUGCCAGUGAGGUUCUUGAACGUAUAGGACUUAUCACCAUGACAUCUACAGAUCGAGAUGUUUCUAUUGGUUGACCUCCUUCUGAUACCUCAAGACGGAAUGGUUCUAGUACAAUCUACAUAAAAGAAUGGUUAAGAUGAGGAACUGAUUGGAAGGAGCAGACGUUGAGUAGCAGACGUUAAAUCUGAAAUGGAAGGAGAGGAAGCCAGAGGCGAAGAAGC